AUGUCCAACAAAAUCACUUCAAAACCAUCCAUGUUCUCCUUGGGCGGUGCGUCUGUUGCUGGUGGUCCUGCUAGCGCUGUGGGCGGUGGUGCCAGUGGGCCAAAUACUGGGUUUGCUAGAGGUCAAAGACCAUGUUCAAAUUGUACUUGUUCACCAGGGUUAUUAUCAAGACAAGGUAGAAGAACUUCAUUAUUCAUGAGACAGGUUAAUAGAAGAAGAUCAAGUGGUACAAACCUUCCUACAAGAAAAUCUCUGUCAAAUGAAAGUAUCUAUUCUUCUGAUAGUUUAUGUACAACAAAGAAUGUUAAUACUACUGAACGUUUAUUACAAUUAAGAAACAAGAUGAAACAAGAAGAUUUAGCUGUUUAUAUUGUUCCAAGUGAAGAUGAACAUCAAUCUGAAUAUGUUAGUUCUGCAGAUCAAAGAAGAAGUUUUAUUUCAGGUUUUACUGGUAGUGCAGGUAUUGCUAUUAUUUCAAGGGAUUUAUUAAAUUUUAAUGAAAAACCAGAAGGUAAAAGUGCUUUAAGUACUGAUGGUAGAUAUUUUAAUCAAGCUACUCAAGAACUGGAUUAUAAUUGGACUUUAUUAAGACAAGGUGCUAAGAAUGAACCAACUUGGGAUGAAUGGGCUAUUAAUGAAGCUAUUGAACAAUCUUUAGGUAUUGGUAACAAAUUGGUUAAAAUUGGUAUAGAUCCAAAAGUUAUAAGCUAUAAACAAGUUGUUGCAUUUGAAGCUAAGAUCAAGACCUUAAUUGAUCAAGCUGGUGGCUUAGCAAAAGUUGAAUUAGUUCCAAUUAAAAAUAAUUUAAUUGAUGAAAUCUGGGGUCUUUUCGAAGAACAACCAAAAAGACCAAGUUUUGAAUUAAUAAAAUUAGAUGAUGAAUUCACUGGUGAAUCAUAUGAUUCCAAGUUAACAAAAUUACAAAAUGAAUUACAAAAAUCCAAUUCAAAAUCCAUUUUAAUUUCUGCAUUAGAUGAAAUUGCAUGGUUUUUAAACCUUAGAGGUUCAGAUAUUGCUUAUAACCCAGUUUUUUAUUCAUAUUUGAUUAUAAAUGGCAAAGAAGCUAAAUUAUUUUUGAAUAAUAAUUAUAAUCCAUUAAUUAAACAAUAUUUCAAUGAAAAUAAUAUUAAAGUUCAUUCAUAUGAUGAAAUUUGGAAAGAAUUAUCAGAAACUACAAAUAUCUUGAAAGAUGAACAACAAAGUAUAUCAAUACCAGAAUCUGCAUCAUGGGAAAUUGUUCGUAAUUUGAAUAAUUGCAAAUUUAAACAAAUUCAUUCACCAAUUGAUUUUUUCAAAUCAAUUAAAAAUGAAGUUGAAAUUAAAAAUCAUAAAAAAGCACAAUUUAAAGAUGGUUUGUCAUUAAUAAAGUAUUUUGCAUGGUUAGAAGAUAAAUUAAUUACAAAAGAACAAUUAAUUGAUGAAUAUAGUGCAGGUGAAAAAUUAAUUGAAUUUAGAAAUGAACAAUCAAAUUAUCAAGGUAAUUCAUUUGAAACUAUAAGUUCAACAGGUUCAAAUGCUGCAAUUAUUCAUUAUUCACCUCAGAAAGAUUCAUGUUCAAUGAUUGAUCCUUCUAAAAUAUAUUUAUGUGAUUCAGGUUCACAAUUUUUAGAAGGUACAACAGAUAUAACAAGAACAUUACAUUUUUCUGAACCAACUAAAGAUGAAAUUAAUAAUUAUACUUAUGUAUUAAAGGGUAAUUUAGCUCUUGAGAACUUAAAAUUCCCAGAAGGUUCAAAUGGUUAUCAAAUUGAUGUUUUAGCAAGACAAUUUUUAUGGUCACAAGGUUUAGAUUAUAGACAUGGUACAGGACAUGGAGUUGGAUCAUUUUUAAAUGUUCAUGAAGGACCAAUUGGUAUUGGAUUCCGUCCUUAUUUAUUAUCAUAUCCAUUAUCUAAAGGUAAUAUAAUAACAAAUGAACCAGGAUAUUAUGAAGAUGGUAAAUAUGGUAUUAGAAUUGAAAAUGAUAUGCUUGUUGAAGAAACUUCAUUAAAAUUUGGUGAUACACCAUUUUUAAAAUUUAAAAACAUUACACUUGUUCCAUAUAAUAAAAAAUUAAUUAAUGUUAAAUUAUUAACAUUAAAAGAAAAACAACAUAUAAAUGAUUAUCAUAAAGAAAUUUGGGAUUCAUUUAAUUCAAAACUUGAUAAAACUUCAAUUGAAUAUUCAUGGUUGAAGAGAGAAACUUCACCAAUAUAA